UUUUUAUACGAUACCGUUCGUCUAGCAUCCUAGUUUUCAUUUAAACUUCCACUUCUUUACGGCGAUAUUCAGGUCUUUGUAUAUGCAUACGGUGUACAAUUUUCUAUAAUAUUUUCAUAACCAUUCAUCCUUGACACAUUUUUGCUUGUUUCAAAUAUUGUACCCUCCUUAGAUCUGAGGCAGCAAAUCUUGACACAAAGAUCCACACAUCCACACAAAAACCAGAGAUAAACCUAAAAGCCUAAAAACCUAAAAUUACGCGGAUUGGUUUUCUUUCCCAACCACCAUUAGCAUAUCACCUCCUGUUCACGUCCGGAUCAACUGCAUUCCGCUUAAUAUCCAUACUUGCAUUUCAAAUUUACCAUUAAUAGAGUUCAUAUUAUAUUGAACACGUACUAAUUAUUAGUAAUCAUUUUUUUUAACCAUGCCUGUUACAGAAAUUCACAAACUACUGCAACAUGAAACAGAAUCGUCUGAUCAGGUAGACGCGCAAACUAACAGCAAUCAACAACAUCAACAGGAUCCACUUCCAGAAGAACUCAAGUUAACUCAGUCUUCAGCUGCUAGUGCCUCCUCCGAUAUUGUCCUUGACGAUUCAUCUUCAUUGCAUAAUCCAGAAAGUGAAGCAGACUAUCCCAUAACCCAAGAAGGGUUUGAGGAUGCCCAAUCUUCCUUUGGUGAUACCGACUUCAUCUCCACCUCCACUAUCCUUCCUCCAUACCCAUUACCAACAAAUCGUCAUGAAACCGAACAGCUGCAACAUCACCAAAUCCGAGAUCGGACUCAUCCUGAACAACAACAAUCACCAAAAAGCAAAUUCCUGCUGACUCUGCUUGACGCGUUACGUGAUCCCCACAACAAUAGCAACACCAGCAUUAACAAAUUAGCCAUUAAUCAUAAUCCAAACAAGUAUAACUUAGAUUAUUUCAAGCAAUUUGACAGUUCUAAUCCUAGGAAUAAAAUCCCCAUAUUUGAAAACAAGUAUUUACAUCCAAAUGCCUUGUUUACCGGAGUACAAGAGUCAGGAAAGUCUAGAUUUCAUAUUAAAGUUGAAUUGAAGAAUGUUGAUUUAAUAAAUUCAAUAGUUACUGGGUUCUUGCAAAUUUCUGGAUUAACUGAUGAUCACUCAGAAAUAGUAACGUGUUUCAAAGGUGAAAUCAUCAAUAACCCCUUACACAAAUACCAAUGGACCAGUCCUGAUAAGAAAUCAUAUUCUGAUUUGAAGUUGAAGAAUUAUUCGUUUAUCACCGAGAAUAAACAGUGGGGAUCAUUUGUCAAGAAUGAUUUUGAACAUUGGAAGAAAUUGACAAAUUCAUCAGAUUUAACUGAUUCACAAUUACAACAAAGAUUGAUUCGGAUUCAACAAGGGCACGAAGAUAAUCAGUUCAUUUAUAUGAGAUGGAAAGAAGAGUUCUUGUUACCUGACUCAAGAAUUAAACAAAUCAGUGGGGCUUCGUUUGAAGGGUUUUACUACAUUGUUUUGAAUAUUGGAGGAUAUGAUUCUCUGGAUAAUCAAGAUGUGUUUUCCAAUAGCAUAAAUCCAGGUUCAAUAUGUGGAUUAUAUUACCAUAAAUCUUCAGAAAAAUUUCAAUCUUUAUUACUUCGAUAUGUUGAAAAUCAUGGAGUUGCAAAUACUUUUGAAUUUGUCUAAAUUGUGUUUUGGUUCGUUUGGUUGGGUUGGUUAGGUUGUUUGCUUUUUUUUUUUCAUUUUAACGAGACUACAUUAAUGAUUUUGGUUUUGUUUUCUAUAUUUUGGUUACUUUUAUAUACUUUCUUCGUUUCUUCUUGUGGUCUUCCUCUUAUUUUUUCAGCUAUAUACAUGUUAUAUUAUCUGAAGUUUUAAAACAAGACAAAGUUUAAACGUCCUUCUUUUGAUCUCUGUUGGCGUAAAUCUUGGCAGUGAAUGGUUCUUCGAAAAGCAAAGCAAUCUUGUACAUAACAUAGACAAAUGCUGCCACAGAAAGACCAGCUGGUUUUCCGUACCAUAAGGCAGUACCCAAGAAACACAAGGUAGAUCCAUUGUACAUUGGGUUAUCAUUGAUGUUGAAUGGGAACCCAGUGACUCUUUCAUCCAUCAAAAUACCAAAGUAAUCACCAAGAUAAGUUCCAGUGACACCCAAGGCAUACAUUGAAGUCAAAACUAAAACAUUUCCAAAUCCAAAAGUAAACACAGCAAGAGCCUUGAUAAUCACUGAAUCAACCAAUGGUUGGUAAGUUGGUUGGUCCAAGAGUGCAUCACGAUAGACGUGAUCACGAUAAAUACCUAAUCCAAAGAUAGUAGCAGCAAGUAAAUAACAUCCGUUCCUGGCUCCACCGGAUAUCUUGGUGAGGAAAUGAGUGUUGUAUUCUAAACGUGCAACAAUGUUCCAGAAAAUUGGAUUGAAUGCAAUACAAGCAACCGCAAAGUAUAAUUUGUCAUUGAAAUCAAUGUAGCUUCUAAAGUUUUGGAAAAGGUAUUGGAGAUCACCAGGGAGGGUGUCGAGUUCUUUAGCUAAGGACAUGAUCAAUUGAUAUGGUUUGACUUAAUUUGGAAGGACGAUUA